AUGUUUUUUGAGGAUGUCACCUAUCCAUACAUCUCAUGGAGAGGGAAUAUGGUUGUAGUCGCGAGUUGUUUUUACAGAGAAUAUGUGAAUGAUGAUAGAGUCAAGGAGCUGAUGGAGUUGAUAAGGACUAAGCAUGACUUCAGUGACCAUGUUUGGGCUUUCGAAGAAACUGCAGAGGUUUCUCUGGAUCUUGAUGAUGAAGCAGCUGUGAAUGCUGGAGCAGCAGAGAGUGAUGAAGACUUUCACACUCCAAAUGGAUCAACUAGUGUAGGCGUUUCAUCAAAAAAGAGUAUGAAGAGGCUCCCAGAUCGUGGUAUGGAAAAAAGGAAACAUAAGGUUCUCUCUACUGAACCUAAGCAACCGGUUCUUAAUGAAGACAUGAAGGCUUGGGUGAAAGAGUUAUUUGAGCAGAAUUUCAAUGCAAUGGAACUUAGGUUACAUAAACAGAUGGAUGAGAAAUUUGAGACACUGCAGUCCGAGCUGAAAGGAUCGCGCAAGGAUGCUAGAGUUGAGCUCAAAGAUUCCGGGAACGAUGGACAGCCUACACCGACGAAGCCAUCGACGAGCCAGCCAGAGUUGAGGAGUUCCACUCGCGGGGAAGCGUCUCAUAGCCCAGCCGAUGGGAAUUUCAGUGAAGCAGAUGAUAUCUUCCGAGAGAUGGGUACGCAAGGCGUUGAAAUGCUGUCUCAGACCUCGUAUACAUCUAAGGAAGAUGACUGGUGGACUCCGAUGACUUCAGUCAGAGGUUCAAAAUCUAAACGAAGCAAAGGUAAUACAGCUCCACCUCUGUCGCAAUGGAAGAAAUGGACGAAAGGCAAAGGCAGUACACCCCAGCAUCUCGAUAACCCAUUGCCCGACGGUUCUCCGCAGUUGUCACUUUGUUAUUUUUCCAAAGAAUCAUGGACAUGA